AUUGUGAGUUUGAAGGUGAUUUGGCUUUAGCCAUAACCUCAGUAUGUUCGUAACAGUCUCACAACAGCACUUCUGCUGUUCCGCAGGCUUGAGUUCCGCUGGCGCAUGCCCGGAUAGAAAACAGAAGUUUGAAAACUUCUGUUUGUGGCCCAGAUUGAAUUUAGUUUCCCAUCCGUACCAUUUAUGACCUUUUAGGGGAUCUCUUAGUGUUUCAUGGAUGGGAAGCUCAUUUUCUUGGGGCAGUAAUGUUAGUGGGAGUGUAAAUAUAGGAGAUGUGCCUCUUCCCCAGCCUUCCCGGUACAGAGGGUGAUUCUGAUGCCAUGGUCACCUUAGCAUCUGGGCAGCUUCCAGUACUGGACUUGUACCCUGAUACUUGUUUCUUUGUUUUAGCCACUAGACCAUUCUUCCUUUCAUCACGCACCAGCCAGCUACAUAAUUAAAUAUGUGACCAAGUCCUUCCUCCCAUCUCAGUUGGGAGUACAGGUCCCUGGUUUAAACCAGACAGACUCUUCUAAACUGGGACCCUCAAACCACUGUCAAACCAGUAUCACCUUAACGUUCAGAAUAUAGCUGUGCGUUAAAGCACUGUUGGUGUCUCAUGGAUGAAAAUCCACUGCCUAAAUAAAAAGUUCCCUUCUGCUUCUAUCCCCCAGGAAGACGUCAAAGUUAACGGAGUUAGCUUUCAUGCUCCACAAUGAAGUUGGUGUUACGUGUGGAAGUUACAGUCUCUUAGUAGAAGCCGUUCAUUUGAUGUGAUUAGUGUUAGAAGUUGUAGAGUGCUGGAGAGAAACCAGCCAGCCAGAGGUGGAAAAUAAAGGCCUUCUGUAAUCUGGACCCUUUUUUUGUGUUUUAGCUACAAACCCAUGAUGUCUAUGUUAGAAGGCAGUUGCUGCGGCCUCCCUCUCUGGUCAGCAGCAGGAGGCUGGUACAACCCGAGGAGCUUGGCCUCCAAGGUCUGAAUUAUCAGUUAACCAGACGGAGUUCAGCAGGGCAAAAAGCUUUGGAGAUUGGUUUUGGCUCUCUGGAAAGCUCAGUAAGGCUUUGGAAAGAUGCACCUGGAUUUCUUUGUAUUAGUAAAUGAGGAAUCUUGCCAAAGUGGCUAAGUCAGAUUUGGCUUCUCAGGCAGCCCAAGGCUGCUACGGCGACUGCAGAAGGAAUGAAUUCACUUUGCAAAUGAAUACGUGGAGCUAACUCAUCCUAAACCCUAGGAUGUGAUGGUUGGGAAACUUGAUCUGUUGAGGGAGAGGGUGGCUGUCUGACUGCCCGCAGCCCUUUCAGGGAUAACACAAUGUUUGCAAAAGUCUUGGCCAGCUGGGCAAGUCCAGAUGAGGUGAUGGAUUGCAACCACCCUCUGUGUGGCCGAAGUAGGGCAAGACCAGCAUGGUUUGGUUGUUGUAAUGUAUGCAGCGUUGUUUUCAUGGUAGUGGGUGUUUUGUCUUCAGUACACAACAGACUUCUUUGGGUCCUUCCAAGUCUCCUUUCAAUUAUCUUGGUCCUGCUGCUACAUUAGAAACUUACCUCAUCCCCUGUUCAACAACACUGAAAGCUUUUGAAGGACAAAGCCGUGUGUGAUGGAAUGGUUUGUCUGAGUUCAGAGAGCAGUUACCCAGCCGUGUAUUGGAGGCCACUCUGUGGCCUGUGUCUGUGCUCCCAUCUGCCUCCUCCUGACAAGCUGAAUAGGUUUCCAUGAAGAGGGUGUCAGUCAAGAGCUUUAAAUUCAACGGCUCUACUUAUGGGGUCAGAAUUUGUUGGGUAUAUUAUUGUUCCCUACAGCUGAUCAUCUCUUUCCUUCUGCUGUUUGCCCUGAGGCUUUUGGGAAAUCUCUUUUUGAGGGAUUUGUUUUUGAGGGUUGAUGUGCUAAUUCUUCUAAUGUAGAUUGAAAAUAUUUUAAGGAUGUGCUGUUCCUUUUCCUCAAAUGUAUGGUAGACGCACACUGAAAAUAUCUGCGUACUUCUUGUCUUGUUCCUUCUGCGCAGAUUUAUGUUCAUGGUGUGUGGUCCAGUGCCCUGCUGACUAUGUAAGCUGCUGCUUUGCUCAGUGGUUUACCACUAGAUGCAUUAAAUAAAUAUGCUUUGUGUAAUAUUUGUGUUUGGAUUGUAAUGAUUUUGCCUGCUUCCGGACUCUAAACAAGUAAUGCAACAAAAGUGGUCUCCAGAACGCAAUUUGCUGCCAGUAAACUUCUGUACUGGCAUCCUCCUUUGUGUCCUGAGCCAUUGAGGUUGGAGGAGAGAGAUUGUGUGUUGCCCUUGAGCAUCUUCCCUACGAGCUAGAUGUUGAAGUAGCAAAAAUAAGUUCCAGCUUUGGUCAGACCUCUGAAUAUGUAGUGGGUGAGGGGCACGUAAUCUUGGGGCUACGAGGUCCUUAAAGGCCUUUCCUCCAGCAAAGAUGACUGCCUCUGGGUGCCAUGCCACGUUGUUUGAAAGUAUGGAUUUUCCAAAAGUCUUAAACUUCAAGUUUCUCUUCUGGCUCCUGGUGUAGUCGUUAUUUCCCUCUCGUAGAAGACCACUGCCACUGGGAGAGUAGCUAUUGAUGGAAGAACACGGGGUGACCCAAACAGAGCACAUGGCCACCAUCGAGGCCCACGCAGUGGCCCAGCAGGUGCAGCAGGUCCAUGUGGCCACCUACACAGAGCACAGCAUGCUGAGUGCGGACGAAGACUCGCCGUCUUCGCCGGAGGACACCUCCUACGAUGACUCUGACAUCCUCAACUCCACGGCUGCCGAUGAGGUCACUGCCCACCUGGCUGCUGCAGGCCCUGUGGGGAUGGCAGCAGCUGCUGCCGUGGCAACGGGUAAAAAACGGAAGCGACCACACGUUUUUGAAUCUAACCCGUCAAUCCGCAAGAGGCAGCAGACGCGUUUGCUACGGAAGCUUCGAGCCACACUGGAUGAGUACACCACCAGAGUGGGGCAGCAGGCCAUCGUUCUGUGCAUCUCGCCCUCCAAACCCAAUCCCGUCUUUAAAGUAUUCGGUGCUGCACCCUUGGAGAAUGUGGUACGCAAGUACAAGAGCAUGAUUCUGGAAGACCUGGAGUCCGCACUAGCAGAGCAUGCUCCUGCGCCUCAGGAGGUUAACUCAGAGUUGCCGCCCCUCACCAUCGAUGGCAUUCCCGUCUCGGUGGACAAGAUGACCCAGGCACAGCUGCGAGCUUUCAUCCCCGAGAUGCUGAAGUAUUCCACAGGUCGCGGGAAACCAGGCUGGGGCAAGGAAAGCUGCAAGCCCAUCUGGUGGCCUGAGGACAUUCCAUGGGCCAACGUUCGCAGCGAUGUCCGCACAGAGGAGCAGAAGCAGCGGGUGUCGUGGACCCAAGCGUUGCGGACUAUCGUGAAGAACUGCUACAAGCAGCAUGGGCGCGAAGACCUGCUCUACGCAUUUGAGGAUCAGCAGACACAGCAGCAGACUACGACCACACACAGUAUAGCGCACUUGGUGCCGUCACAGACAGUGGUACAAACCUUCAGUAACCCUGAUGGCACCGUGUCCCUCAUCCAGGUCGGCACUGGUGCUACAGUUGCCACGCUGGCCGAUGCCUCAGAGUUGCCUACCACAGUUACCGUCGCACAAGUCAAUUAUUCGGCAGUGACUGAUGGAGAGGUGGAGCAGAACUGGGCAACGCUACAGGGGGGUGAGAUGACUAUCCAGACGACGCAGGCAUCCGAGGCCACGCAGGCAGUGGCAUCGUUAGCAGAAGCAGCAGUGGCAGCAUCUCAGGAGAUGCAACAAGGAGCAACUGUUACCAUGGCACUCAACAGUGAAGCAGCUGCCCAUGCAGUAGCCACGCUUGCUGAAGCCACUCUUCAAGGUGGAGGACAAAUUGUCCUGUCUGGUGAAACUGCAGCAGCAGUAGGAGCGCUUACCGGAGUCCAAGAUGCCAAUGGUCUCGUCCAGAUCCCCGUCAGCAUGUACCAGACCGUGGUGACCAGCCUGGCCCAAGGCAACGGCCCCGUUCAGGUGGCGAUGGCACCCGUUACCACGAGGAUAGCGGACAGUGCCGUCACCAUGGACGGGCAGGCGGUGGAAGUGGUGACCUUGGAACAGUGACGAUGCCCAGAGCCAGGAUCGCGGUGAUUUUCCUCGUCUCUUAUGCGAAUAAUUUUUUUACGCCUCUCCAGAGAUGCAAUCAGGUGGCAUUGAGUCUCCCAGCUUUGGAAGCAAAGGUUUUGUUGACCUUUUUUUUUUUUUUUUUUUUUUUUUUUAAAAAGGAAAAAAAAAGAAAAAAAUAAUACUGGCAGAGGAAGCGUGUUAAGUGCAUUUUUAUAGCGCCACUCUGCUCUCGUGUGAGUGAGAAGCCAAAUUGUGACGGAGCUUUCAUUCUGAGAAGAUUUAAACGGAAAAAAAAAAGCAACCCCACAACAAAACGAAGCAGCCCCUUAGCCCCCAUUCCGCCCCCCGGCGUGGGAUCGAGCAGGGUGAGGCACGGGGCGGGGGGGCCGGGGCACGGCGGGGAGCACGGAUGCCCUCGGCCAAAACCGCUCCGGCAGCAUCGCCGCCACUCCCGGGCUGCGCCGGCACCUUCCUCCGCAGCAGCAGCAGCAGCUCCCGGGCACGGCCCUCCGCCGUCCGCACUUGGCAAAUUAGGUUUCAAAGAUUUUAAAGUGGACUUUUAUAUUUAAAAAAAAAAAAAAAACAAAAAACAAAAAACAAAAAAAAAAAAACAACAAAAAAACCACAAACAACAACAACAAAAAAAACCAAACAAACAAAAAAAACCACAAAAAAAAAUAAAACCACACAAAAAAAGAAAAAGGAAAAGAGUUCGGAAAAGGCUCCUCUCCUGGGAAAAAAAAAAAUGCAUGUGUGACUGCAGGGGGGUGGCAACCUGUUGAAGGGAUGAUGAUGCUCUUCCAGGAGCCCGCGGGACUGCCGCCCUCCCCGCGCCGGCCAGCGAGGCCACCUCUGCCUUCGAGGAGCGUUCGCGCCGCCGCGGAGAAUCCCGGCCGUGCUCCGCUCGGCGCCCCUUGGUGCACACUGGAGACCUGUUCUUAUUCCUCUGCUCUCGAAACGUACCUGCCAUUUUAGAUAUUUUUGGUCUUUUUUUUUUUUUUUCCUUCCUCUGUGUUGUUAUUAUUAUUAUUGUUGUUAUUAUUAUUAUUAUUUCCCGUUUUUGUGGAUCUAGACUGAAGUGGAAACGCCUCUAGAGGGGCUCCGGCUGCGUGUCCCGUCCCCCCCAACUUCCCCGGUUCACCCACCGUGUUCCCAGGACUUUCCUCACCAAAGAGCCACUUCGGGCUCGUCCCGGUCCCCGCCGCCACCCCCCAGGACCCCAAAAUGUCCCCAGCAUCUGGUUCCCACAACAAAACCGUCGCUUGAAGGUAGUUGGGGGGGUGGGGGGGGGGGCAAUGUGAGCUCAGACCCCUCCCUUCAGGGACCCCCUCUGCACCCCCCAACCCUCCAAGCCACCCCCCUGGUCCUGCCCUACGUGCAUCUCCCAGCACGGCUUUGGGGGCUUUUAAUCCCCAUCACCCCCCCAAAAAAAAAGGGGAGGGGGGGAGGGAAAGGCCUCGGGGGGGUUUUUGGGGGGGGUGUCAAAUUUUACUUGACUUUCCCGUGGGCCGAACCCUCCAUCAGCCACAGCCCCCCCCGCCCCCGGUGCGUGCAGUUGUGCGUGGUUUUCAAUUUGCGUUUUUGGGGGGGGUUGGGUUUUUUUUUCCUUUUUUUUUUUUUUUUUUUUUUUUAUUUUAUUAUUAUUUCCGAGUGGCCAUUAACGAAGUUCUCCACGUCUUCGCUCCGCCUGCCAGGAAGUUUUCAGAUUCUCGUAUUUACUUGUUUUAUAUGGGGGAAAAAAAUAUCAAAUGUUCUUUGUAUACGUUUCUUCUGUAUUUUAACGAGGGGAGGGAGAUCUUUCCAUAGAAACAGUCCUGGUUCUCCAAUUUGUUGUUGUUAUUAUUAUUAUUAUUAUUAUUAUUAUUAUUUUGUUUUUUAAUUAUUAUUUUUUUAUUGUCCUUGUGAAGAUGUCGGUGGCUUUCAAGUCAGUGUUUCUUUGGCGAUGAAAUGACGUUCUUUUAGUCCGAGAGGUUCCCCCCUUCCCUCCCACCCCCCCCACCCCCCCCCAAAAAAAAUGACAAAAAACCAGGCAAGUAGCAGAGCAUGGACCCCCCUUUGUUUUCCCAGUGUCUAUUAUUGCCUCAUUCAAUAAAUUGUUACAAAUGUGUCUA